AUGACUGGUUCAGGAUCACCUUGUGGAGCUUGCAAAUUUUUGAGAAGAAAAUGUGUAAGGGGAUGUGUAUUUGCACCAUAUUUUUGUCAUGAACAAGGUGCUACUCAUUUUGCAGCAAUUCAUAAGGUUUUUGGGGCAAGCAAUGUUUCAAAACUUCUUGCUCAUUUACCUGUUAGUGAUCGUAGUGAGGCCGCCUUAACUAUUUCUUAUGAAGCUCAAGCUAGGCUCCAUGACCCUAUUUAUGGUUGUGUUUCACAUAUUUUUGCCCUCCAACAACAGAUUGUAAAUUUACAAGCACAAUUAGCAGCUUUAAAGCAAAUACAAGCAGCACAAGGCAUAUAUAAUGGUAAUUCUACCCAAAACCCUAAUAAUGAAAGAUCGUGUUCUAACUACCCACAAGAUGUUCAAAGCUGGUUGCAAUCUGAGUACCCAAAUAUGGUUCCUUCUUUUAAUCCAAACAAUUUCAACAGUAGCUCAGAAUCAUCAAAAAUUUAUGGAUCAAAUCAAAGCCAUAAUAAUGGGUUUAGUUCAAUGGUUGGAUUACAAGAUGAUCAAGAUGCAUCUUUUCCUGGUUUUGAAGGUUCUUCUUCUCAUCACUCAGCUUCAAUGGCGGCUUCUCUUGAUUUUUCGAGUAAAUCGAAAUGGCCUUACCAAGAUUCAGAUGAUCUUCACUCAAUGGCUUUUGGUUAUCCCCAACAUUCAUGA